ACGGGAGAAGGCGCUGAACAGUUCAGAUUCAUCUGGACAGAGAACGGGACAGCGACCUGACGCCCAACGAGACACAACUUAAAAGCCUGAUUUCGGCAAUGAAAAAAGUCGCGUGCAUUAUUUUGCUCUUCAAUUUAGGGUUAUAUUUCUGUGAAGGAGCGGACCCGUGCUGCGCCCAGCCAUGCCAGAACAGAGGCUUCUGCACCUCGCGAGGAUUCACCGACUACGAAUGCGACUGCACGAGAACCGGCUACUACGGACGCAACUGCUCAUCGCCUGAGCUGCUGACCUGGCUGAGGACCCUGCUGAAGCCCAGUCCCAACACCAUGCACCACAUCCUCACUCACUACAAGCCUGUCUGGGACUUCAUCAACAGGGCCUCCUUCAUCCGCGACGCCAUCAUGAGCUACGUCCUGACCUCUCGCUCUCACCUGGUGGACAGCCCCCCCACCUAUAACGCAGACUAUGGUUACUUGAGUUGGGAGUCGUACUCUAACCUGAGCUACUACACCCGCACCCUGCCUCCUGUGCCUCACGACUGCCCCACACCCAUGGGCACUGCAGGGAGGAAGGUUCUCCCGGAGGCUAAAGAUGUGGUGGAACGUGUUCUGCUCAGGAGGAAGUUCACUCCAGACCCUCAGGGCUCCAACCUCAUGUUCGCGUUCUUCGCCCAACAUUUCACUCAUCAGUUCUUCAAGACGGACUUCAAGAAGGGGCCGGGCUUUACCAAGGCUGGGGGCCACGGGGUGGACCUGCAUCACAUCUAUGGAGACACUCUGGAGAGACAGCACAAACUCAGACUGUUAAAGGACGGGAAACUGAAAUACCAGGUGCUGGAGGGAGGGGUGUACCCCCCCAGUCCCCCCCAUGUGCCAGAAGAGCACCAAUUCGCUGUCGGCCACGAGGUGUUCGGAUUGGUUCCUGGCCUGAUGAUGUACGCCACGCUGUGGCUGAGGGAACACAACCGUGUGUGUGACAUCAUGAGGGCGGAGCAUUCAGACUGGGAUGACGAGAGGCUCUUCCAGACCUCCAGACUCAUCCUGACUGGCCAGACCAUUAAGAUCGUGAUAGAGGACUACGUCCAGCAGCUAAGUGGGUAUAACUUCCAGCUGAGGUUUGACCCAGAGCUGCUGUUCACCCAGAGGUUCCAGUACCAGAACCGGAUCUCUGCAGAGUUCAACACCCUGUACCACUGGCACCCUCUGAUGCCUGUGGACUUCAGGAUCCAGGAGCAGACCUACUCAUACCAGCAGUUUGUGUUCAACACCACCCUGGUGCCCCUGCACGGCAUCACCGGCCUGGUGGAGGCCUUCACCAACCAGGUGGCAGGACGGGUGUCGGGAGGGCGUAACGUUCCUCCCAGCAUGGUGGGCGUGGCCAGCAAGGCUCUGGAGCAUGGCAGAGAGAUGAGGUACCAGUCCCUCAACGCCUACAGGAGGCGCUUCAACAUGCGGCCCUACUCCUCCUUCACUGACCUCACCGGUGACAGCGAGCUGGCGUCCGAGCUGGAGAAUCUCUAUGGCGACGUGGAGGGGGUGGAGCUCUACCCCGGCCUGCUGGUGGAGAGGCCACGCCCCGGGGCGGUGUUUGGGGAGACCAUCGUGGAGAUGGGCGCCCCCUUCUCCCUGAAAGGCCUCAUGGGUAAUCCCAUCUGCUCGCCCGAGUACUGGAAGCCCAGCACCUUCGGCGGCCAUGUUGGCUUCUCCCUCGUGAACUCGGCCUCCCUGGAGAAGCUGGUGUGUGGGAACAUCAGGGGUCCUUGCCCACGGGUGUCUUUCCGGGUGCCUGAGAGGCCGAGGCAGGCUGAGGCGUCCCUCCUGGACGCUGGCAGGACCCAGGGGGUCAGCAUCACCCCGACGCUGGCCAUGAAAGAUCCCAGCUCAGAACUGCAUAGACCAGAAACAGUUAGACAAACAGACAGUUACAAAGACAGACAGGCUGACCACAAACACAGACCACUAACAGACAGACCAGAAGCAGACACACCAGGGACAGACUGGUUGCAGACUGGUAGCAGACGUUCUCCAGACAAACAACCUCACAGGUCCAAGAUGUCCGGCAGUCCCACCCAUGAGCAGGAGGCGUCUGGAGUGAAGACAGGCCCUAAGGGAGUGAUAAACGACUGGCGCAGGUUCAAGCUGGACAGUGUGGACCAGACGCUUCCCCCCAGUAAGAGAGAGCUGCUCAGGCAGAUGUCCAGCCCCCAGACCGACGAGCUCAAGGACAAACUCAACCGCAAGAUGAGUGCUCAGGAGUAUGAGUUGAUCCAGGAGGAAGACGAGCACUGCUUGCGUCGCUACAGGAAGCAGUGCAUGCAGGACAUGCACGAGCGGCUCAGCUUCGGGCCCAAGUUCGACACGGUCCACGAGCUGGAGAGCGGCGACGCCUUCCUGGAGGUGAUCGAGAAGGAGCACCGCCUCACCCUGGUCAUCGUCCAGAUCUACGCCGACGGCGUCCCAGGCUGCGAGGAGCUCAACUCCUGCCUGGACUGCCUGGCCACAGAGUACCCCAGCGUCAAGUUCUGCCGCAUCACGGCUGUUGCCACGGGCGCCGGCGAGCGUUUCCCUGAAGACGUGCUGCCCACCCUGCUGGUGUACAAGGCCGGGGAGUUGCUAGGCAACUUCGUGGCGGUGACGAAGCACCUGCACGAGGAGUUCUUCGCCACGGACGUGGAGGCCUUCCUGAACGAGUACGGCCUGCUGCCAGACAAGGAGCUCACCUGCCCCGACGAGGAGGAGGGGGGUGGGGCCCAGGUCGAGUAGGACACACACAUGCUAAGUACAGCCACACACACACCGCUAACCACACACACACGCUAAGUACAGCCACACACGCACCGAGUAGUCACAGGCACAAGAGCAAACAGAUAGUAUGCAAACACAUGCUAAGCAGUCAAUUAAACACACACACAUGCAUGCUGAAUAGUAACACACACACACGCUGAGUAGUAACACA